ACAUGCUCAGAGAGGUGAGCUGAUAAAAGUGUGGUUCUGAGGGAGAGAGUCAGCUGGGAAGUGUGUGAAGGCAGAAGACACAGCUUUAGGCAUGGAGUGAAACACAAAAAGGCAGAUAAGAAGACAACUAUGGGUCCUGCUGUAGCCUGAGUGGGUUUUUUUUACACUUCCUGGAGUUGGUACACUGUUAAGAGACAUUGUCUGGUGUGAGUGCCAGAAGAGAAAGAAGGAAAAAAGACGAGACUGUGAAAAGGCUGAGCCCUGAACCCUUGAGGAAGCGUCUGUCUGAGACAAAGUCAUAUUGUUGUCAGAGGGUGGAAGAACAGGCUCCAGAACAUGGACGAGGAGAAGGAAAAGUUUACAACUACUGUAAGAGCCUCGUACAGACAUUCACACACUUUCAGUGCUCACACACAUGUUCAGACAUCUACACUUCCUGGUGUGCUAUGUGGACUGAUUGCCUGAGCUGCUCGGUGGAAUGAACUUCCACAGCAUGGAGAUCAACCACAUUGUGAUACUCUCUUUUACAAGCCGAGGAGAUUUCCUGUAAUAGCAUAAAAACACGUCUGACUCCUGAUUGAUUGAUUUACUUGUUUUCUCUGGUUGUCAGAAGUUUCACUCUUUCUGUCUCCCACUGUAAAUGUUUACAAGUGUGUAAAAUCAUGUUUGUGUGAGAUGGAAUAUCUCUACCUGGACUCAGUUUGCCUUUUGAACUCAUGAUGGAGGGAGAUGGAGAGCGCGGUGAGAUGUCUGCCAACCUACAUGCUCUGGUGGAUGGUCAGGAACAGGCAACUCCGGGAUCAGCAUCGUCGUCGUGCUCAGAUCUGUCCACCUCUACCCCUGCAGUUCAGCCCUGUCCACACACCACCAGGACUUUCAGCGGACUCCGGUUCUUUGGCAGAAACCCCAAAGAAGCUUUAGAAGCCUCCAUGGACGUGUUCUUUCGACGUCACUUUAAGAGGAAGGAGUCUGUUUUUGCUAGGCCAGGUGGUGAAGGGUCCGAGCCAUGUCGAUCCAGGAGACCCAGUAUUGCUGUACCAGCGAGCCGUGCACGCAGGCGUUCCAGCGCAGGUUUCGCCUCAGCUACACUGGCGCAACGCAGGAGAUCCAGUGCUCAACUACAGUCGCUACAGUCACUACAGUCACUGCCUCAUGCUGCUAGCAGCCGAUCAACUAAGAUUAGUAAUGCGAGGCGCCGCUCAAGCACCACCACACCAGGUGCAAAUCCACGUUUCGCCAUACACCGAAGCAAGGCAAGUAAGUUGCGUAACAUCGACACACACCUUCUUGGCCCCUCCAUGCUGCUCGCCAGUCUUAUCCAGAUGACAGAGGAGGAAGAGGAUGUUCGGGACCAAGCUGUUGGACAGGUGGAGUUGAAAGGGAGCAUGUCCUACGUCUGGUCAGACCCACUGCUUUCCGAAGGAGACGAAAGUGAUAGUCCAAACUCUGCUAGUGACUCUGACCAUGACCAGUACUCAGAGCCAUGUGACGAGCAUCAUAUGGAGGCAGGUUUGCCAGAGCAGGAGUUUAGAUAUUCCUCUGUUUUGUGCCAGCAGAACUGCCUGCCUCUGAGUGUGGUUGUCGAACGAGUCCAGGCUCAUACGCUAAUCCGUGUUCCACGAUGUCUGAGGAGAAAUUCCUCUUGCAUAGGCCAUGCUGAAAGUGGCCUACAAGGCCGCUAUUGCCAGAGAAGGCACCGCAGACGUGUCUCCACCAUUUCCAAAGCGGGCAGCCCUUGGCCAGGAAGAGGUCAACCACUGCCUAGUCGCAGGAACUCCACCUGUUGGAAGACGCACGCUGCUUUUAGCCCGCUAAUGGGAGCCUAUUAUGACCCUUCACUGGAGUCAUGGAGUGGCUUCCUCUCGAAAGCCAUCGCCAAGUCUGGUGUUCAGAACCAGGCCAACCAGUCCAGUGAAACUAACCAAGAGAUCUCCCAGGCAGUCGACUGGACCGAGAACGCUCAGUUCGGACAGCACGUCUGGUUCGAGACCAGUCUUUCUGGAGAUUUCUGCUAUGUUGGAGAGCUUUACUGCUUUGCCAAAUCACUGCAAAAAUCACUGCCUCGCUAUAAAUGUGCUGCUUGCAAAAUAGCAGUCCAUACAAUAUGCAUGGACCAGCUAGAGAAGAUUAAUUUCAGGUGUAAGCCGUCUUUUCGGGAUCCAGGCACGAGAAAUGUGCGAGAGCCAUGUACUGUAAGGCAUCACUGGGUCCACAGGAGGCGGCAGGACGGGAAGUGCAGACAAUGCGGAAAGGGUUUCCAGCAGAAGUUCUUCCACAAUAAAGACAUCGUGGCCAUCAGUUGCUCUUGGUGCAAACAGGCGUACCAUAAUAAGGUGACCUGCUUCAUGCUACAGCACAUAGAAGAGACCUGCACUCUCGGUGCGCACGCCGCUGUUAUAGUACCUCCUACCUGGAUCAUCCGAGUGCGCAGACAGCAGGCAUCCCUAAAGUCUAGUAAAAGGAGAAAAAAGGGAUCUCUGAAAAGCAAGGCCAGCAAGAAAGGGUCAGAGGACGGCAAAUGGAAACACUUCAUAGUCAAGCCGAUUCCUUCUCAGCUCAUGAAGCCAUUGCUUGUGUUUGUGAAUCCAAAGAGUGGAGGAAAUCAGGGAACGAAAAUUAUUCGGACUUUCUUGUGGUACCUAAACCCACGACAAGUGUUUGAUCUCACUCAAGGAGGGCCCAGAGAGGGGUUAGAAAUGUACCGCAAAGUUCCCAACCUGCGCAUCCUGGUAUGUGGAGGAGAUGGAACGGUUGGUUGGAUCCUGUCUGUGCUGGAUGAGCUGCAAUUGAAUCCUCAGCCUGCUGUUGCUGUCCUCCCACUUGGCACGGGAAACGACCUGGCCAGGACACUCAACUGGGGAGGAGGCUACACGGACGAGCCAGUGUCUAAAAUUCUGUCUCAUGUGGAGGAUGGGAACAUUGUGCAGCUGGACCGCUGGAACCUCAGUGUGGAGCCCAAUCCAGAGGCCGGCGAAGAAGAGAAAGACGAACACCAGACAGACAAGCUUCCCAUCGAUGUCUUUAACAACUACUUCAGCUUGGGUUUCGACGCGCAUGUAACCUUAGAGUUCCACGAAUCCCGAGAGGCCAAACCUGAAAAAUUCAACAGCCGUCUUCGGAAUAAGAUGUUCUACGCGGGGACUGCAUUCUCGGACUUCCUCAUGGGCAGCGCUAAAGACUUGUCUAAGCACAUCAGAGUGGUGUGUGAUGGAAUGGACCUCACUUGUAAAGUUCAGGAGAUGAAGCUACAGUGUUUGCUCUUCCUGAACAUUCCGAGAUAUUGUGCUGGUACAAUGCCGUGGGGCAACCCAAGUGACCACCAUGACUUUGGGCCUCAGAGGCACGAUGACGGCUACAUAGAGGUUAUUGGAUUCACCAUGACUUCUCUGGCCACGCUGCAGGUAGGAGGCCACGGUGAGAGGCUACAUCAGUGCCAGGAGGUGACUCUGACCACCUUUAAGCCAAUUCCUGUGCAGGUGGAUGGGGAGCCGUGCAGACUGGCUCCAUCCGUUAUCCACAUCACGCUCAGGAACCAGGCCAACAUGCUGCAGAAGACCAAGAGGAGAAUCUCCCUCCCACAGCUCAAUGAUCAGCAGCCCAUCUCUGAGCAGCUGCAUAUCCAAGUGAGCCGAAUCAGCAUGCGUGACUAUGAAGCUUUACACUAUGACAAAGAUCAGCUCAAAAAAGCCUCGAUUCCUCUGGGAAUUAUUACUAUCCGGGCAGACAGUGAUUUGGAGACUUGUCGGCAGCACAUCGAGGGGCUUCAUGAGGAGGACGUUGGUGUGAAUUCAGACACAGCAACCAUACCAAAGCUCUCGCCAAAAUGGUGCUUCCUAGACUCCACAACUGCAGAUCGUUUCUACAGGAUAGACCGUGCUCAGGAGCAUCUGAACUAUGUGACUGAGAUCUCACAGAAUGAGCUUUUUAUCCUGGACCCUGAGCUGGUCACUAAGGAAACGGUGGGCACAUCUACUGGAAUGCCAGAAAUCGUAGACACACUGGGAAAGAACUCUGAGCAGAUUGGCUUCCCAGCAUGCCCUGCAGCAUCUCCACCACUCUAUAGGGUAAAUGAAGAUCAAACCGCAGCUCAGAAAAAACGCAUGUCCUGUGAUGUCACCGAUGCAGAGGGACAGGCUGGUUGUGCACUGGCAUCCACAAACACUGACAUUUGCAAAUCGGACGACGUGGUCCAGAAUGAAAUUGAUAAAGAGACUAUGAAGAUGCUAAUGAAAAGUGUGAAGUCAGAUAAUUUUAAAAAGCUUGUACAGCUACACAAAGAAGGAGCCAAUCUUUCAGUAUAUGAUGCAUUGGGCUGUACACUUCUCCACUAUGCUGUAGAUAAUUGCAACAAGGAAAUGAUCAGAUACAUCAUAGAUAAUGCUCCACGGAAUAUCCUGGACGUUGCAGAAAAAGAGACAGGUGAGACAGCACUGCACAAAGCUGCAGCGUCAUGCCAGAGGACGAUCUGUGCCUACUUGGUGGAUGCGGGUGCUUCCCUCACCAAGACUGACCUACAGGGUGAUAAUGCAAAGGCACAUGCCGAGAGAGCUCAGGACUGGCAGCUGGCCGAGUAUCUGGAGAACCAGCAGCAGUACCAGCUGAUUCCGCGGGAUGACCAUGAGACGUCAGUAUAACCAACAGCCUGAAUGGUCCUCAUCAUCCACUGGAAAAUGCUUUUCUCAGCAUGAUCUAAUGAUGAUGCUGGGCAGCAUGUCAGUCUAAAAGGGAGAAGGUUCAUUUUUUACUUGAUUGCAAUGCUAAACAAAGACAAAAUGUAAUGUCCCGUUGUAGCUGCAUGAAUAUGCUUCUCUUAUACUGAGGGUCUUUUUUUUCUUUUUUUUUUGGCCAAAUGCUAAAUUUCCUAGAUAAUAACGGCAAAAAUAUUUUGGGACAUCAGGGUUAAAAGAACAGAAGUACAUCUGACUGUGGCUUUAGCCUUUUAUUAAGCAAACCGCUUAAACCUCAACACAGAUCAUUGGGUGAAAUGUAUAAUUUUUUUUGCUGUAUUUAAAGAAAUUACUUUUAACAGAUAUUUGCUUGCCAGACACUUAAGAUACUUACGCUAGUCAAUUUACCUAGUUUUAUUAACAUUUUCCUAAUAUUAAACUGUUGCUUUUGUCAUUUUGACUGAAUUGGCCUUCUGCAUUUAAAGCUUCUUUCUCAUCUUGCUGCUCUAUGAGGUGUUUCUGUCUUUUUGGUAAAUGCUUGUAUUUUGUUCCAAAAACAUAAGUUAUUCGCAUGGUUCUGUAAAUCUUUUUAAGUGACGAGUGUUAGCGGCUGCCUCUUUUUUUUUGUGAUCCUGUUUUAAUCUUAUUCUGAACUAGCUUCUUUCAGCAGAUUUCUUCUGUAGAUGUGGAACACUGCACUGAUUUAAAGAACACUUAUAGUAAUGUGACGUUCUUGCGAGGAGUAAUAUUAGGUCAUUAGGUCAUGAUGUCUUUAGGAAUAAGCUACCAUUUAUCAUGUUUGAAUUCUUCUAAGAGGUCUUUGAGUAAAUCAUUACAUGUGAUUUCACAGCACAGGGUAAUUCCACCAGAGAUGUUUCGGAUGCUUGCCAUUGGUUUACUACAUUUUAGCCACAGCGGCCAUGUUGAAAGAUGCAUUUUGGCAUUAAAAUAUGGUGUUGGGAUUUCUACUAAAACAAUCAGUGGGUGGGUAACUACAUGUUUACACCUAAUGAGUAAAGACAUUACAUAUUUUGGUUGGUGUGUUUUGUUCUUACACAAUUGUUCUUGGCAUAUCCUCAGGUACUGAAUAUGUUUUUUUUUUUUCCUUCACAGCCUGAAAUAUGUAUAUUUUUUAAUACAGUCUGCAAUCAUUGCCUUAGCAUUAUUAUUAUUAUUAUUAUUAUUAUUAUUAUUAUUAUUAUUAUGUACGGUCAUGAGUUAUGAGUUAAACUGCAUUGUCAAUGCUCUGUUUGGAGUUGCUGUGCAAUUCACUAUUAGACAUUUUGUGUACUAUCAAACAUUUUAAAAAUGUGUGAGUAACGAUACCAUUCCAAAAUCCUCUCUAAGCAUUUGUAUUACUUUAUAAAAUUAAAUGAACUUCUAGGCAAUGGUUUAAUCCUACUUAUACAAAAUAAACUUUGUUAGAUAAUAGACUAUAGUAUUUACUGUAUAUUUGCCAGUUUGUUAUUGUCUACCUGUAUAAAUAAAUAAAGUUUUAAAUUUC